GGGUCAUCAACAAAUCGGAUUCAAACUCGAAACCCAAUCAGUGUCAAAACAUUCCGACGAUCAUCGUCAUCGUCAUCAUCAAUGGCGGUGGAAACAAUGUCGAUGGGAUCAGAUUCAUCAACUUUGAUUCUAACAUCUGGAGCAAGCGGUCGCGUUAGGGUACUCUUCUCGAUGCGAGAGCUCAAGCGUCUCGUCACGAUCAUCCAAUCGUUGAUUCUUUUCCUCCUCCUUCCUUUUCGCGUCGUCGUUUGGCGGCGGAGGACUGGUGCGGUGGUCAUCAGAGACGAUAAACAGGAGAGGAAGGUUUGGUCUCCGCCGCAGAUCGUGGUGAGGAAGAGGAACAUCGGUGGCGAAAGCAGCGUUUCGCCUCCGUCUGUUCCGGCGGCGGUGGUGGAUGAGGAGGUUGCUGUUCGACGUGAGUUGGCGAUAAAGCGAGUUUUGGAAGAUAAAGGCGGCGAUGGAAGCUCCGUCAGAGAUUAUUCGCUAUUCACGACGAAAAGAGGUGAUACGUUGUUUACACAGUCAUGGUCACCUCUUUCCCCAAAUCACAGGGGACUUAUUGUUCUGCUACAUGGAUUAAACGAGCAUAGUGGCAGGUAUAGUGAUUUUGCAAAGCAGCUCAAUGCUAAUGGUUUCAAGGUCUAUGGAAUUGACUGGAUCGGUCAUGGCGGAAGUGAUGGCCUUCAUGCUUACGUUCCUUCCCUUGAUUAUGCUGUAGCGGAUUUGAAAUCAUUUCUUGAAAAGGUAUUCACAGAGAAUCCAGGACUCCCCUGUUUCUGUUUUGGACACUCAACAGGUGGAGCAAUCAUCCUCAAGGCUAUGCUGGAUCCAAAGAUUGAAUCUCGAGUUUCAGGCAUUGUAUUGACUUCACCAGCUGUUGGAGUCCAACCAUCCCAUCCAAUCUUCGCAGUUCUUGCUCCAAUCAUGGCGUUCCUCCUGCCCAGGUACCAAAUCAGUGCAGCGAACAAGAAAGGAAUGCCGGUUUCUCGUGACCCAGCAGCUCUUAUCGCCAAAUACUCUGACCCGUUAGUCUUCACUGGAUCUAUCCGGGUUAAAACCGGCUACGAGAUCCUUAGAAUCACUGCUCACUUGCAACAGAACCUGAACAAAGUGAAAGUUCCUUUUCUUGUGAUGCACGGUACAGACGACACAGUAACCGAUCCUAACGCCUCAAAGAAGCUCUACGAGGUAGCUUCCUCGUCAGACAAAUCAAUCAAGCUCUACGACGGGUUGUUGCACGAUCUUCUCUUCGAACCCGAACGAGAAAUCAUCGCUGGAGCCAUAUUAGAUUGGCUAAACCAGAGGGUUUAGCUCGUUUAAACCAACAAUCACUAUCACAUUUGACUCGAGAAUCUCUUGAUUCAGACAAGAAUAAUUAUUUCGCGAAAUU